AUGGCAGACUACCACGAAACCAACCAGCGCAUCGAGGUAUGCCUUCGACACAUCGCUCAGUCGGAAGGAAAGCCAAACCUCACCAAAUGGGCUCGAGACUAUAAUGUCCCGUACUCGCGCCUCUACGCCAGGUACAAGGGGAGGGUCACCAGGCUCGAGCGUCCGGCGAGUCACAGACGCCUGAAAGACACAGAGGAGAAUCUGCUUCAUGAUCUGGUCAAUGGUCUCGAGGCACAAGACAAGUUCGCCCACGAAGCAGGCGUCUACAUCAAAUCCACCAACCGCAGCUACUUCACCUCCAACUACCAGUCCAACAAGACCAUCGAAACCUACUCCAUCGACUGCACCACUCACCAAAUAUUGCUAGAAGAGUUCCCCGACGUCGUCAACCCGAACGGCGCAUGCUACUAUGGCGACCAAGUCCUCUACUGCUGCCAGGGCUCCCUCACCACACCUUUCGCACUCGUGCUCGCCCACCCUCUCCUUGGAACCUCGGAGAUAAUGCUGAACAGCUUCUACGGCCGCGACUUCAACAGCCUCAACGACGUCGUCGUCCACCACGACGCAGGCGACAUCUGGUUCACAGACCCCACCUACGGCUACGAACAAGCCUUUCGCCCGUCACCUCUGCUUCCGAGUCAGGUGUACCGCUUCCGCCCUGCUACGGGACAGAUCUGGUGCGUCGCCGAUGGCUUCGUGCAAUGCAAUAGCCUCUGCUUCAGCCCGGACUACGAUAAUAACGUCUCGCUGAACCCGCGGUUGCCGGCGACGAUCUACGAGUUUAAUGUUACGGAUGGCCGCACGAGGUUGAGUAACCGCCGGAUGUUCGCCUACGUGGACUCGGGGGUGCCGGAUGGGAUCAAGUGUGAUGAGCGAGGGAAUGUGUACUCGGGCUGUGGAGAUGGGGUGCACGUGUGGGAUGCGCAGGGCACGCUGUUGGGCAAGAUAUAUGCUGGGAACGUGGUGGCGAAUUUCAAUUUUGUCGAGGGCGGGAUCUGGAUGAUGGCCGCGGAGAAGUUGUUCUUCUGUGAGAUUGGGGUGAAGGGGGCUUUGGUGGAUAUUGAGUGCUUGUGA